GGGAUUGCCAUUGAAGCAUCUUUCUCCACGGUGACGCGACGCUGACAGAAUGACCCUCAUGCAGGGAGUGCUUCGUCGGUUCCUUCGUCAUGAAGUGAGCUCAACGACAGCAAUGCAUGCGUUGCCUCGGUGGCAACAACAUGCGCUGCGGCCACGCGGGAUGGGAUUCCACCACAGCCGCCGUCACAAGUCAUCGCUGCCAGUCCUGCAUCACGCUUCGGCAACCGACGACGACGAAUACGACAGCGAAGACGAGUUUGAAUCGAUCAAAAAGGCUGACUGGUUCGAACGCGCGAUCAAUCUCACGCCCGCUGAGCGACGACUCAAGUUCACCAAGAAGCAUCAGCCAGUCAUGUCCAAGCAGCGUCCAGCGCCUGACGACUCGAAUGUCCAGGAGGACGGGCCGUCGUUUUCGUUGGAUUUAUCCAUGUACGACGACGCCAAGCCAGACGUCGCGGGCCGACCCACUCGAUUGGGCGACAUGUCCACCGAGGAAGUCGAUGCGUGGCUCGAGGACUUUGAAAUCCCCGACGAAGCGGCCAAAUUGAACAAACCCCCCGCCGAAGUCCGGCACUUGUACGCCAAGCAACUGCGUCUCGAGCAAGCGAUUUACGAAUUGUCGUUGGAAAAGCUGCAAAAAACCACGCAGAGCGUCGCGGAGCUGUCCAAGGGCGCCGAAGUCGGCACGGCCAAGGCGUACAUGGCGAAAUGGGAUGGGCCGAUGGUGCGCGCGAUUGUCGAGCUCAAAAAAGCCCUGGCAGACGAAGACAACACCGACUACAUUGUCGACGGCAAGUUGUUUGGCCCGAUCUUGUUCCUGCUGCCCCCCGAAGUGUUGGCGCAGAUCGUGAUCAAGACUGCGUUGAACCACGUGCUGUUGGAAGUAGAUGGCGUCAAGUUUAUCAAAAUCACGCUUGGGCUCGGCAAAGAGAUUCAGGACGAAAUCAUCGACCGCCGCGCGAAAAUGAACAAGAACAGCAGACACAAAUACGCUUCGACCAACUACUACAACAAAAGUACAAGCAGUACUAGUACUACUACUAGCGACAAGCAACCCGCAGAAGAUGGCAAGCACGCGUACUUUUCCAAGGUGCUCAAGGACCUCAAGCCCCCGAUGCGGGACAAAGCUGUCAAGUACUUUGAAGACGCAGGAUCGUGGAGCAAAGAGAUUCAGCUCAAACUGGGCUCGGCAUUGUUGGAUUUGCUGGAGAACAACUGCUACGAAGACGGCAGCCAAAGCGACGCCGACGUGUUGACCCGCCGCGAACGCCCCACGUCACAUUUUCAGGAAGACUACCCCAUGCCCCAGAAACGAAACAAGGCGUUCCUUCACUCGGUCAAGUAUGAGAACAACCGCCGGUAUGGGAUCAUUCAGUGCAGCCCCGCCGUGUACAAACGGAUUAUGGACGGCGAUGUGUUUUUGCCCGGGUUUGCACGAUACUUGCCCAUGGUGGUGCCCCCCAAACACUGGAAAGGCGUCGACAACGGUGGGUACUUGACGAUUCCGACGAAAAUUAUGCGACACCGUGACUCGGGCAAGUGGCAACUGCAAUGUGCUGCGCGGGGGGAAAUGUCGGACGUUAUCCGGUCGCUGAACCUCCUCGCCGACAUUCCAUGGGUCAUCAACCGGGAAGUGCUCGAGGUGGUCAUGGACGUGUGGAAAGCGGGCGGCGACUUUGGCGACUUGCCGCCGCGACGGGACCUGCCCAUGCCCGUGGAGCCGACAAUCGACGCGUACAUGGAUAUGGCGGAUGUCGAAGCGCGCGACGCCAAGUUCAAAGAAGAUAUCGACACGUAUCGCAAGACGUGCAAAAAGGUAGAAAAGAAGAACCGAGAGUACAACUCGCUGCGGUGCGACACCGUGUACAAACUGCAAGUGGCCGAAGAAUUCCAGCACGAAGAAGCGAUUUACUUUCCGUAUAAUAUGGACUUUCGUGGCCGCGUGUAUCCGAUUCCGCCGAAUUUGAACCACUUGGGCAGCGACAUGUCUCGCUCGUUGUUGAUCUUCAAAGACAAAAAGCCGCUGGGGCCACACGGGUUGUACUGGCUCAAGGUGCAUUUGGCCGGGUUGUACGGAAUCGACAAGUGUUCCUUUGACGAUCGCGUCAAGUUUGUGGACGAGCACAUGCCGCAGAUCCUCGCAAGUGCCGCGUCCCCCCUCGGCGACUCGGAGGACUGCCGGUGGUGGCAGCAAGCCGAAGCGCCGUUCCUGUCGCUCGGGGUUGUGUUUGAACUCGCCCGCGCGGUUCAAUCCCCCGACCCGGAGAUGUACCUGAGUAACGUGCCCGUGCACAUGGAUGGCUCGUGCAACGGCCUCCAGCAUUAUGCUGCUUUGGGUCGGGAUCAAGCCGGCGCCGAACAAGUUAACUUGGUCAAAGCCGACAAGCCCCAAGACGUGUACACGGGCGUGGCGACGCGCGUGGUCGAGCAGAUGGAGCGGGAUGCCAACGCCCCCUUGCGAUCGUUUGACGAGUGUCUAGCCGAAGUGCGCAAAACCAAACAGGCCGAGUGGGCGACGCUCGUCGCGGCCUACAAAAACUACAUGUCGGACAACGCUGCGUACGACAAGAAGAAGGACAAGAAGGAACGCGGGGAUAAACGGCUCAAGCUGGGCCACCGCCCGAAAGAAGUGACAAAGCCGGACGAGGACGCGUUCUUCAAACGCCAAGCUAUGUUUCGGCAGCAAGAGAUUGCCAUCAACAAGGAGUACGCCAACAUGCUGCUGAGCCACAUUAGCCGCAAAGUGGUCAAGCAGACAGUUAUGACGUCCGUGUACGGUGUGACCGCGGUGGGCGCACGGCGGCAGAUUCAAACCCGCCUCGAAGAGAUCUUUUUGCUGCAAGGCCGUGAUGUGGACGAAGCGCUCGAGGAGAAGAUCUACCUGUCGGCCAAGUAUGCGUCCGACCUGACCAUGGGCAGCAUGACCAACUUGUUUGCCGCAGCCAGACAGAUUAUGACGUGGCUGUCCGAGUGUACGCAAAAGGUGGCGGACGAGGGCCAAAUGAUGAGCUGGAUCACGCCGCUGGGGCUGCCUGUGACCCAGCCGUACCGCCUCGAUGCGUCCAAGCUCGUGCGCACGUCCAAGCAGCACGUGGUGCUAACGCUGCCCGACUCGCGCAAGGUGAGCGUCGGCAAGCAAAAGACUGCGUUUCCCCCCAACUACGUGCACUCGCUCGAUUCGACGCACAUGAUGAUGACGUCGCUGAAAGUGAUUGGGGAAGAUAAACUCGAGUUUGCCGCCGUCCACGACAGUUACUGGACCCACGCGUGCUCGGUGCCCCAGAUGAACCGCCGCCUCCGCGAAGAGUUUGUCACGCUCUACUCGCAGCCGCUGCUCGCCGACUUGCGGGAACAACUGGUGUUGCGGUUCCCCAACCAGCAAUUCCCAGAGAUCCCACAGACUGGCGACCUCAACUUGAACGACGUGCUGGAGAGUCCGUACUUUUUCAAUUAAUCGCCCCAUUAUUUAACACAAUAACGUAAAAGUCCAAUGUAAGAUGCUCGAUCCAGUUUAAGGUGAGUUAGCCAAUCAAUUCCUACAAAGGCAG